ACUAUAAAUACCUGACUGUUCAUUCAUCUAUUCUCUACAUUGAUUCUGAUUCUGAUACCCAACUACACUAAUUAAAGGCCCUUUACCUUUGUCAACUACAUUUCGAUUCAGUUUCUUCCAUUGAAGGAGUGCUUGAAGCUCGAUUAUAUGGCGUCAGAUGAGAGUAUGACACUUAGGUCUUGUAUCGAGUAUGAUGAGGAUACAGAUGAAGGGUAUGAUCAUGAUCAGCCUCAUCCUCACUUGUCUAGGUUGUCCAUGUGUACCAACAAUUCCAUGUAUGGUGAAGAUCAGAUGAUGAGUGAUGAACAUGAAGGCGCUGGCAAUGACAAUUCCAUGUACUACCAGGGGCAACAAGAGAAUGGUAUGAGUAUGUACAUGUCACUGUUGUCCAUAGACAGCUUUGAUGGGGAUGUUGAUGAAGAAGAGGAAACAUCCAACAAGAAGAGGCUCAAUUCUCAACUGGUACUGGCAGCUGAGAUGUCAACGGAGGACGAUUCCGACAGGGAACCGGGGUGUUACUCGCUUCCGGCCACACCCCCUAGGCGGAGGAGGGAUCUGGCUGCUGGUGCAGGGAGGAUGCUUUUUAACAAGGUCCAUCCCAGUUCUAUGGUGGAGAAAGAGUAUGCAAGCGAAAAUGAAGCUCAAAAGGCUAUGAGUGAUGACAGCAGGAGGAGCAGGAGGAGGAGCAGGAGGAGGAUGAUGAGGAACAGAUCAUCAUGGCUAUCACCAUCACCAUUCCACCAUGGAGCUAAGACGGCGAUGGACGACGAUGAUGGUGAAGAUCAUGACAAGGAGGAGGAGAACAUGAACAUGAACAUGUGUGGUGAUCACUGUCACAGCUUCAGCGGAGAGAGCGAGGGUACUGGGAUGGUGAUGAUAGCAAGGCCUAAAGGAGGGAAGAGGUCGCUUUGCAUGGACAUGGAAGAAGUGAAGGCUUGCAGAGACCUUGGAUUCGAGUUGGAGCACGACCGCAUGCUGCAGCAGCAGGAGAUGAUGCCCUCACGAAUUUCUCUAUCAGCCCCCACCCUUGAAACUAACUACACUACCAGCAGCGGUGGCAACUCCCCCAUUGCCAACUGGCGCAUUUCCAGUCCCGGAGACCAUCCGCAAGAUGUCAAGGCUCGCCUCAAGGUCUGGGCGCAGGCAGUAGCUCUGGCAUCUGCAUCACCCACAAGGCACUCGAGCUGAGCAGUGGUGUUGGCUUCUAACAGUUUAGUCUUUUGGGUUAAUUACCUUAAAACAGAGAGUUUGGGAUAACUCAGAUUGGGGAUUUUGAUUCCAGAGAGGACUGAAGAGAGGAGCUUCUUUAAUCCGCGUUUCCUAAUACUACUAGUCUACUACUAUUACUACUGAGCAUUUUUUUUUGUGGGAAAAUAUUGAGAUUUCUGAUGUUUGGUUGAUGAAUUCUUUACCAGUUCACCAGCGCCUCGAAUUCUCGACAUUGUGAGUACAGCACAACUGAAGAUUGGAUAGACCUCAUUCUGUACAUAAUAUGUAAAAACAUUGGAGUUUCAGUUUCAUGUAUGCAUCUAGAAAGCUGUUUCCUAUUGGUAUUGUCAGUAUCAGGUUGAUGUUAUUAGUUUUGAAAAUCUUGGCAGACUGCUGCAUUACUCCAUGUAUGAUUUCACAAAGUAGGGGGUAUAAAACGGAGAGUAGUUUCUCCUAUUACUGUCCUCGCAAAUACUAGAAACCACAUUUUUGGUUUCUGGCAUAAUCUGACUCUAUCCGACUCUGGGGGGUAGAAGUUUAUCAACUACUGGGAUUUUUAGUUGUUUAGUUGAUGUUCCUUAACUGUAUUUGUGCGGUACCUCUUCAGAUUCUUGGCUUUGUAAAUACAAUGUAACUGAAGAUAGACUCGAGUUACAUGCACUUCAUUCUGUCAGAUGUGUAAUCUAUUUCCCACUGUACUAAUUUUAAACAUAUAUCUAAAUUUUGCAGUGCU